GCAGGUACACACACGCACGCACGCGCUCGCGUUCAGUCUCAACUUUAAACUUUUCCAGUGUUCUGCUGUCCGGAUCAACAGCACUGAAGCUUCGGGACAGCGCGUGCGGAUUCUACAUUUGAAGUGUCCGGAUUUCUCGACAUGGAUCUGUGGAAAUUUAAUCGGAGUCCAACAUGUUUGUGAAUAUUUAAUUCAUUUAGGAACAUGGAAACGAGUGUUUAGAAAAGGCUCUCUCCUGACAGUGUUUUCGAUCGCUCCCGCAAAGCUCUUGUUUUAUCUGGAUAAUAUUGUUUUGUUGGACCUCAUGGGAAACGUUUCCAGGCGUUCACUGUGAUGCGUGUUUGAUCAGAGUGGAAUAACUGAGACAUUGUUGCACUGAAGGAUACAGUGAUUCUGCUACAACCUGCUACAUUCUGGAAUGUUUGGAAUCCUUUGAAGUGGACGCGGCGCACCGCACAAUAAUGGAGCCAUUAUGACGUCACGUUCUCAAUCACGACGCGCGGGAAUCCACUUGGGAAUCUGUAAUAUUAUUGAUCCGACCUUUAGGAGAUCACAUUAAACUCUUUUUUUUGUCCUUCAAAUCAAUGCUCGCGCCGGGAGUCUGUCCGCUGUCAAUCACCCUGUCACUCUGUCCGUCAUGUUCUGUCAGUGAUACGGGCCAGUCUCCGACUAAAGUACCAUUGAAUUGAUUGUGAUAUUCUUUUAUUUCAAAUCCCAGUCCUGCAGAGCUUCUAAAACUAUCCACUUUAAAAGACACCCGGUUUCAGUGACCUCUAAGGAUUCUCCUGUCUUUUAUCUGAGCUCUGAUUGGACGGAUAGCGCAUAAUGUAUGGCUGGGGCCCGCCGCUGCAGCCAGGACAAUGAGGGUCCCUGUGCGGCGACUGGCCGGGCUCUGGCCGUGGCUGCUCAUGGCUGCCUCGCAGGUGGCUCUGGGUCACACAGGCCUGGAACUAGCUGCUGCUGUGGAGUCCGAGCGCUCCGCACCCCGAGCCAUGAUCAAGGUGUCUCUGCUGAAGCAGGAGCCCACCAGCAGGCCCAUCACCCUAGAAGGGGUGUUCGCCGGGGGCAGCGCAGGCUAUGCUGAAGGCAAACUGAUGCAGUCUCAUCCACUGUCUCUGUGUAACACCAGUGAAGAUGACCGUCAGGAGACCUUCUUCAUCAGCAUCGUCAAACUCGAGAGUCCAGAGAGCAAAGUGCCACAGUGCCUGCCGCUGCUGGAUAAAGCUCGUCUGGCUCUUCAGAGAGGCGCUCAGGCGGUCAUCUUUGACAUCACAGAUGAUCCCGGAGCUGCUCAGGAGCUGCGUGAUUCAGGUUUGUUGCCUCGUCCAGUGGUGCUGGUGAAGUCAUCAGAUGCAGAAAAACUGAUGGGACUCGUCAAUAAAAAUGAAGAAGCCAAGGUGUUCAUAGAUAUCAUGAUGGAGACUCAAAAAUGGCCUCAUUAUGAUGUCGGCAUCCUGUUGACUGUGUCUCUGGUUGUUUUGGCCAUCAUCAUGAUCUUUGCUCUACGCUUCCGCUGCAAGCCCAACAGAACCUGGGACUCUGUGCACCAGCAGACCUUGCGUGCCAUCAGCAGGUUGGAAACGCGCACAUACAGUUCUCAGAGUUGCUCUGGCUCCCAGCGCUCUCGUGGGGCUCCAGGGUCAAACAGCAGCUCCAAUUCCAGUCCAAUCUGUGCCAUCUGUCUUGAGGAAUUCAUGGAUGGCCAGGAAUUGAGAAUCAUCUCCUGUGCUCAUGAGUUCCAUAAGGAGUGUGUCGACCCAUGGCUCCUACAACACCGUACCUGCCCACUGUGCAUGCACAACAUCAUGGGUAAACAGCCUCAGGGUUCAGAUCUGGCAUCCCAUCAGCCCCAAAGAAGUCAAAUGCCACCCCCUCGACCUGAGCACAGUCAAGCCUUCCUCCUUCCCCAUAACUAUUCAAACCAACACCCUUAUCCCCAGCACCAUGUUCCUUUUUCCCUGCGGCAUCAUUACCCCCAUAAUCCCUCUGGACCUUUACCCCAAUUGGACAACUAUGGCAACUCUCCCCCUCUUCAUCCACGGACUGUUCAUUGCUUUCCCAGCAGACCACUGGGUGCUAGCUGUGCGUACCACUUGGCUCCAGAUGCCCAUCAUGGACGUCUGCAAAGGACAGGUGGGCACGGGUUUCGGACCGGGCAUGCAGCUCCCAGAAGGUCGUGUCAGCGGUGUCCUGGAGGACCUUUGCGGAACUCUUCGGGUUCUCGGAUGCAUCAUGUGGUAUCGCCUGCAAACCAUGCAACUCAUCAUCACCUGCCACGUGGAGGAGGCUCGCACAGUCGCCAGGAUGACGGCAGCGCCUCGGGAGGGAGUUACCAUACGGAGCGUAGCGGUUACCUUGCAGACGGACCUGCCAGUGAUUCCAGCUCGGGAUCGUGCCACGGCUCGUCCAGUGACUCCGUAUUGAACUGUACGGACAUCAGCCUGCAGGGUGUCUAUGGCAGCUGGUCCACUUUUCGUAGCUCGCUCAGCAGCGAUUACGACCCGUUUAUCUACUGCGGACCAGGCAAAGCUCCACGCAGAGGGAGCAUAGAGGCCACGCAAAGGCCUCGUUCCCUGGAUUCUGUAGUGAACCGAACCGGUGGUGGAAGCGCUGGUGAUGCCGGUGCCAUUUGCCUGGAAGAACAGCAGCAACAGGUGGCUGUGUUUAGUCACGUUCACUAUCACAGGCAUAGACACCACUAUUACGAGGAUGGGGAACUCAGUCAAGGGCCCGGCCGAGGCUAUGACGAGGAUCAAGGAGCCACGUCCUCAGCCACAGCAGCAAGCGGGCCUUGUCUCAUAACUAAAGACAAAGACUCCUCCGGGUGUCAGGUACAGGUACAGUCUUGCCACUGCCCCAAAACAGACCUCAGUUCAAGGAGGGUUGAGGAUAGAGACCUGGACCCUGUUACCUCCUCAGGUGCCUCCGUAAUCCUUCCGUCUCCUCUUUUAAACUCUCCGUCCCCACCCUGUUGCCACAAAGGCCCAGGGUGGACGACCGGUCGGAAAGCAGCUGGACGUCCAAUGGAAGUGCCUUCGCCAGUUGUUCACUUUCAUCAAAGCAUGGACCUUCAGGACGAUUGUAGCAUUCAUAUACACUAUGGACAGGGAGCGGGAAGCUUUUGCUGCACACCUCCGCCAGACAUGGCCCCCACGCUACUGCCAGUGCCCCUGAUCUUGGACUCGACGGGUAUGACCGACUGGCCGUGCUGUAGUGGGGCACGUGUGUUGUGGCAGAAGGAGGUGCAGCAGGCCCAUUCAGAGCCUCAGCUCCUGGGACCCACUUCUGGAAUGGACAGACCCCUGUGUAGGACCCACCAUGGCCCAGGGGACGAACUUCCCAUGGACAUCUGUCUGUACUGCCAAACUCUACACAAUAGUCAGGGGUCAGAGGAAGAGUCUGGUGUUUGAGAAACUCUUCAUCCAAAACUCCUCACGCUGCUACACAAGAGCCGAAAUGGACAAAGCUCUUCGGCGAUCUCUCGCUGUUUCUUUCGCUCAUAUGUUUAGUCUUCCAGAUAAUUCCAAACAUCUUCUUGCAAUAUCAAACUGAAUUACUCAGACCUUUCAUUCUAACAAAGAAUUAAGCAGUCACCGAUGAUUACAUGGGUUUUCAAAAAUACUCUUCAGUAGUGACGCUCUGUUACUAGCACCUUUCUAAUGUCCAGAACAAGUCAUUUUUGGUACUUUACCCAAUACGGUCCAAAUGCACGGUCCUUUUCAUAAGCAAACAAGUGGUAUUAAUUAAGGCAGUUAUCAAAGGAUCUUAAAGAUGCGCAUGAGAUUGAUUAUGGUUUCUUUCUUUCCUUUGGUUUAAAACAGGAUUCGAUUUGUAUCUUCUCUUGUAAACAAGUCUCAGAUCUCCUCGGUGAUCUUCAUGAAAGCCCUUCAAGAUAUAAACGUGUCUUUCCGUUUUCCAUUGAGAUUUAGACUUGGCAUAUGUACUUUAUGUAAGUACGUAGACACUUCUAUCUACACAAGGCUAGUUGUCGUGUCAAAACCGAAUCAUCCUGCAACAUCAGUGUAAUUUGUCUAACUGAUUAAUGACGUAAUAUGAAGGUAUCACUAUACCUUGAAGACUGAGAUACGAACCAUGUUCAACGAAACCAAGAGCUUGUAAUGCAUCAGCUGUGCACUUAAUUCUGAGUUUGUGUACUUGCGUUAAGUAUGUUUCAUUAGUUCACUGAGCCUACUGGCUAAUUUUUCAAUAUCUAGUCAUUGCAAUGCAGCCCGCCUCUUCCAUUUCAUUUCUAGCUUUUUAACUAUGUGUUGGGCUACAUUCAAGCAUCUGGCCUGGUUUUCCAGCACUACCUCAAUAACCAAUCAGAAAGUCCUGUUAGCGAGAUGGUACUUCAAAGGUACUUGUGCUUUGGCGUCUCGUUACCUCUAACAGAUAUUAACUCAGAGCAGCGAUAGGGAGCUUUACUUUAUAUCAUCUGUCCUUGGUCUCGGUUUUGUUAAUUCAGAAAUGGCAGCUGUUAUUUACAAACGUUUGUGUCUUCAUUUAUUAAUUUUGCUCGUCAAAACUGAAUGAAUUGACUGAAUAUAUUUAGUGAAAGUUGUGAAGAUUUUUUUAUUUCGUUUUGUUUCGUUAUUUUGGUCUAUUAAGCCUGUAAUGUGUUCAGGCUGAGAAGAACUACGUUUCCCAGAAUGCUUUGCUUUCACCUCUGUGACCCUCAUGUUCUCUUAAAGGGACGUGACAUUUCAUAGAAACCCACCAGCAUACAAGCUUACCAAAAGUGCCUCUGUAACCCAUGAAAUGAACACUUCAUGAAGUUUAUACAUACAUUUACUGUAUGUAGCCUGCUGUCAUGUUCCUGGUAAUACCAGCCGACACAAAAAGCUGACUCGAUGUAUAUUGCCUGCAAGCAUAGUCAUACUCUGUUACCCAGAAAUGUCUGUUGUCAUUUAUUGUAAAAUCCAGCCUUUAAAGGAAUGGUCUGGGUUCAAAACAAGCUAAAACAUGUGACAUGAUGGAAGUAAACCCUUCCUUUAGUUUGUAAAAAUAUCUGAUGCAGUUCUGAACCUGUACCAUUCCUUUAAGUAAAGAAAAGGAAACACUGGAAAUCUUGCCAUGACAAACACCUGAAUGUUUCUUUUAUUUUAUUUUCUCUUUUUUUUUUGUCUGUAAAUGGUCAAACUGGUCAAAGUUCCUGAUCCUUUGAACCACAAACACCUCCCAUGAGUCUUUUUGGCUUCAUCCCGUCACAUGCUGUUUUUCAUCAAAAUGAGGCUGAAUCCCAAAUAAAAAUAUAUGCAAGACAAAAUAUAGUAAAUCCCAGUGUAGGGUUUCCUCAUUCAGGGUUCCCACAUCUUAAGACCAAUAACUUUUCCAUUUGCUUUUGGUUAUUGUAAAGAUUUUUAAAGUCAUUUCAUAGAGAUCACACUCAGAAAGAGAAACGACCAGUCUAUUAAAGAUUUUAAAGCCAUGCAUAAUAGCAAGAAGUUAUUUUAACUGAGAUGUUAUUGUUUUUAUAGCUUCUUUAGGCCUGGAAAUCAUGUUUUUUAUCCCUUCUUUUUUUAAACAACCUUCUAUUUUCAAUACUUUGAGUUGGAACCCUGUUAAGUUCAGAUACUUAGAUGCAUCUAGACAGUCAUUUAUUCACUUUUUCAUCAACCAAAGAUUAGAAUUAUCCAGUAUUUUCAUUAAGUUACUGUUAAUUUUGAGACGGAAGAUCCGCUUUACAUUUCCAUGUUGGCAUCCAUCUCAUACAGAUUCACAUGUAAAACUCUUGUCUUUGUCUAGAAAGGAUGCAAACAGCACUUUGCCUUGGGAAAAACAAUUUCUGCAUGUGAUUCAAGAAAGGAACGCAAAGCACAACAAUCGAAGCACUAUGUAGCUGCAAGUUCUAUGUCAAUCAAAUUAAAGAAUGAGGAGGAUUUUAUUUCUCUUCCAUCGGUCCUUUGUGCUGGUCAUCAAUUCUGUCUGUAUUGUUCAUACGCUCUCUUUUCCACAGAAAAUCAAUUAAAACUGCCUUUUUUAAUAGAGCUAAAUCCCUUCAGAAAUCAAGGGAUAUGCCAGUAUAUGUUCAAUAUUUUGUGUAAAAAAAAAAAAAGAAAGAAAGAAAGACAAAACAGUUAUAAGAUAAAGUGUUGUAUUUUAUAUAUAAUAGAACAUUUCAAUAUGGUAAUGUCACUAAUAUAUUUAUUUCCUAAUAUAUUUAUCCAUUUUUGUCCAGGUCUGAGAAAAAUUUUCAGAAUGUUGUUUUCUCAAUUUUGGAAAUGAUAUUCUUGAUGAAACGUACAGCUGCCAUCAUAGAUGUAUAAACCUGGCAUCAUUCCGAUUAUAUACAAAUAAAUUAUUUUGA